CGGACCUACAACAGUGGCCCAGAACGGCGGUGUCAUCCAUGACGUCGGGGGCGGCGGUGUUGCGUCGGUCGUGGAGGCCGGCAUGCCCCGCCCGCAACCCCAGGAGCAGGAACAGCAGCAAGGGCGGCAGCAGCAGCGGCGUGCCAGGCUGAGCGCUGCUGACGCCGCGGCGCUACUUGACCCGGGACCCGCACCCGGCUUCCUGCCGGCAGCCAUGGCGGUGCUGUUCGGACAGGACUGGUCUUGGCCCGGCAGCGGCGGCGCCUCCUCACCUGCCGCGCCAUCGCACCGCAGAACGGGCUCCUCGGGCAGCUGCUUGGGCGCCGCGGGUUCGCAGCGGCCCUCAAGGGGCUGGGCGGCCAGUGCUGCUGCAACCCCACCGCUGCGCCCCGGUGGCCCCCCUGCCCCGGGGCCUCCGGGUCCCUUCAACAACAACAGCAGCAGCAACGCCUCCGCCGCCUCCGCCGCCGCCCUCAGUCGACGCGUGGCCAGCACGCCUGCUCUGACGGACCUCCUCUCCCACGCGCCUGCGGGCGGUGCUGGGGAUGGGCGGGGGCUGCUGCCCGCCGCUGCAGCUAGUACCGGUAGCAGCGCAGGUGCAGGCCGGCCAGACCUGGCGAAUGGUGGUGGCGGAGGGGCGGUGCGUGGCGGGGGCGGCAUGGGCCUGGCAGCCGCUGCAUCAGCCCCAGACCUGGCGGCAGUCAAGGGACUUGAGGGGCCUCCCGCUUCCGAGGCGGCAGGAUCCGCCGGUCUGCUCCACGACACCGGCAUCGCGGCUCAUCAGCCUGCCCCCCUGCAUUCCGCACCUCCUGCUGCUGCCUCCGCUGCUGCCGCCUGCGCCACCGGCCUCACCCUCAGCUCUGACACGUCUGCGGCACCACUGUGGCCUCACGGUGCCGCCUCACCGCCACCGUCGCCUAGCUCCUCCUUUGUCAUGCCCUGCGGUACGACACCCCUGGCGGCGGCGACGACGACAUGUACGACAGCCCUGGGGGUAGCGACAAGUGCGACACGUACGACAACAGCAGCGAUGCUUGCGUCGGAAGCGGGGCCUGAAGCGGCACCGGUGGGACCUUCCGCUGGCUUGUCAUCCCGUUCAAGCAGCUUGGCGUCCCUAGCCGCGCCAGCAACCGCAGAUCUGAGGGCCGUGUCGCCGUCUCCGCACUCUGCGCCACUGACAGCAGCGCCCGAGGAGUCGCCGGCCCCGCAAGACCCACGGCCGUUUUUGCCGCGGCCGCCCCUGCCUCCCUUGCCGCCCCCUUCCCCCCUGCCCGGCCUGUCUUCUUGGAUCCAUGACGCGCGACCCGAUGCGGGUAGCCGGCCCCACCCGCAAGCCUCGCCUGCGGACGCCGGUCGGCAGCCCCUCCUGCAACAGCAGCAGCAGGAGCAGCACCGCCACGGCCGCCCACAUCCGCUGCAACAGCAGCCGCAGUCACACCCACAAAAGCGUCCUCCUCCUCCUCCUCUUCAACAGCAGCCGGCAUCCGUACAACGGCUGUGCGAUGUGUUGGAGGUGCGCGCUAGCAUCAGGCGCCUCACACAGCUCCAGGAGCGGCUGCACGCCACCCGCGCCGCCGCACUAGGCUGGCGGCGGCGACUGUCAGAGGCGGCGGAGGCGCGGCAGCGACUGGACUGCCUGCGUGCGGGGGCGGAGCGGGCACGGUCGGAGCGGGACGAGUGGGCGGGCCGCGCGGCGCGAGGCGAGGCGGAGCUGCAGCGGCUGCGGGAGACGGCGGCGGCGCGGCGGCAUUCGCUGGGCACCCGAGCGCGCGCACUGCAGCAUGCAGCGGGUGUACUGCAGGCUGCCGAGCAGCGGCGACUACGCGCCGAGGCUGAGCUGGCUGGCCCCAGCGGUCGGGGGCAGCUGGCGGCGCUGACGGGUGCGCUGGUGGGGCGGCGGAACCGCAUGGUGGCGGAGCUGGGCAGGAUAUUCCAGGUGGGGGCGGGCGGGGGUGAAGAGGAAACAACUAACUGACCGG